UGUGUGGGUAGUAAUGGAUUUUUAUCUGUUUCAAAAUAUUCUUCCCGUCGUAAUUGCCGUGGCUGUGGUAGCAAUUAGCUGGUACUUAUGGCGAAGAAAAUCCAAGGGUUUUUAUGUCAAUUCUGAACAGGAAGAGUUGAGGUCGAGAGAUGAAAGAGCACAGAAUGUGUCCGAUAAGGUAAAAAAGGAAAUUGAUUUUCUGAUUUCUAUUUAACCUGAUUUACGCUUAUCAUGCCGUCCCAAAGCUUUUAAAUUCAUUUGUCUAUGAAAUAAAAGAAGAGAUUUUUAGAUAUCAUUAUAUUUUCUGGCACUUCUCUUUGCGUAUUGUAAAACAAUGAGUCGAUCGAAAUCAGUCUGGACUUGUCUUAGUUGUACAGUAUUACAUGUAAGCUUAACUUAGCAUUCGAACUACCAUAAAAUUGUCUUUAAAUCAGUUAAUAUUGCAAACUGUGUCUUUAAAUGGAAAGUGGCAUUCUGAACGUCUUGUUUUUUUUCUUUUGUCGUUGUUUUUUUGUUUUUGCAAUCAAUCUUCUCAUUUAAGCUUAUAACUUCAAGUUCUGUUGACCAAAGAUUUUCCGAUCACCCGAGAAGCGAUUUGUUAAAAUAAACUUCACUUGUAUUUAAGAAUAAAUACUAUCAAAAAAUAUUUUUACACAGUUAACUAGAUUUAGUUUCAUUCCAUUUCGUUGUAAUAGAGUUGUUGUGUUACACAAAAGCAAAGGUGAUUUAUUUCACUGAAAUGUCCCUCUACACAGGAUGGAUUUUUUUUUUCAUGUGUAUCUUUUUGUGAUCAGAAGUUGGAAAGCUUCAAACCAAAGAAGGAAAUUAAAAGUUUGAGAAUUUUGCCUACAGGGUGUUUACAUCACCAUUAUUUAUCAAAUACAAUGCAUCUUACCAUAGAUAACAAAAUAAUGUUACAUAUUUUCUUAUUUUUCUUUCUUUUCCCUUGUCAAAAACUGGAAAAAUACAAUUGCCAUGACAAUGACCGAAAUAGUGUUACGGGCCACAUAAAAUAUAAUUUGAUUGAUAUCAUGCAACAAACCAUCUUCACCAAGACCAGUUGUUAUCAACUGCAGCUGUAUUUCCGUUUUUCCACUUGUAUUAAUUUUCUCUUAUAGUUUCCUUGGAAAAUCAAGAUGAAGACAAAUCGCUUCCUUUUAGCUCUACCGUAUUGUAGCAGGGUUGUAAUAGUCACUAGAAAAACCUGAAUUUUAGAGUUCAUUCUUAUGUAGUAUUUUUGAGUUAAAUUAUUCCGGGUUUUAAAGGCGGUAUGUUACAUCACCUAUAUUGCUGAUGGUUGCCCUAAAGGCAACUGUUGCAUGUCUGCCUUGCUGGGGAUGUAGCUAAGGGAAAAGCUGAGCUGGUUUUUCCAUUUGUCACGAUGGGUUUUUUCUCAACUGCAUCUUCACUGAAUUUAACCCCACGUCCUUUUUUUCCAGAGUAAUUUGAGCUGGUGGUAAGCUCUUUUUCACCCAGUGAAAUUAGCCAGCAGCUGGCUCUUAGCAUCACUGCUAUGGCAUUUUUAACCCACAGAUGGUAUUUUCUCUGUGAUUGUCAAGAUAGUAGACCCAGUAUUCACUUGUAGUCUUUCACACCUAAUUCUAACCACCCAAAGAUAUAAUACCAGUAAAUCUUAUAGUCUGUCUGUCCAUGACCUCAUUUUCUCUGCAUGUCGCACCGUAAGAUACAGACAAUGUCAGCAUUUUCAAGACCCUUUGACUGACUACACUGAAAUGAUGGCAUUUCAAAAGACUCCAGCUUCAUUGUCAAAAGUAUCUGUUUUGAAUACCUUCAUUUUUUAUCGUUUUAGUGUGGAUGUCUAAUCCCCUAAAAAAUGCCCCAAAAUGCAUGUAUUUUCUAAUAAAAAAUGUAUUUUGGAUUAGUCUUGCAGUUACAACUGUACACUCAUUUUAAGAAGUAUUUACAUGUAUUGUUUUAACUUAACCCAAGGAUGAUGAGGAAGAAGUAACUUUUGAAGAGGCUGCCAAGUUUUUACAAGGUGCAGGCCUUAUAAAGGCGAAAGAUAUCCAUUACCUUCCAGCAGAUGAAAAAGACAUGCUGCCACAAGACGAAGGUAAACAGCAACUGACAGACAAUGAACAGAAAAAGAGGAUCAAAGAGGUGACAGUCAAGGAUGCAUCUAACAUUCAGACUUACUACAAGUCGUCUCGGCUGGGUAUCAAAGAGAUUGAAAGCCAAAUGACCACAGAGGAAUUGGCUGAAGAAAAAGAGUAAGAUCUUUUGAUUAAAAAGUAAAUAAGAAGUAAUAGAAAUUAAAAUAAAUUACAAUGUUAACCCUUCUCUUAAACCUUUUGAAGAGAGAUUUGGCAACUUUCCAUUAAUGCAGGCAAGUGCUGUCAUUUAGGGAUAACCACAAAAGGAUUCCUGUCGACUUUAACUAUACUUUGAUGGUGAAGUUAUCUAAGAGUCUCCUCUUCAACGCGCCUUGGGAUAAUCUAUUGCUGACAAUUUGUGCAGGAAUGAACAUCGUGAUACACUUUGUAAGAAGGCAAAUUCAAGUCUUGGUCUUCUUGGACAGAUCUGGUUGUACUACGGAGGUCAAGAACACCGCUUAUCUUACUCUUGUAUGCCCCAAACUGGAGUUUGCCUGAGUAGUGUAUGGAACCUUCACACGCAGUGUAAAAUUGAUAAGAUACAUGUAGAGAUUGUUCAGUGCCCUGCAGCCAGAUUUGUCGACAACAAUUAUUAUUCCCAUUUCAGCCUUGUCUCUCCAAUGAUUUACACCCUAGGAUGGGACUCCUUGGAGAACCAUAGAUUGAUCAACCAAGUGUUCUUGUUUUACAAGAUCUAUAAAGGGCUUGUUGGUAUUUCCCUACCACCUGAAAUAUCUCACAAUAUAAGAGCUUCAAGAUCUCCUAAUUGUCCACCAUUUUACCAACUUACCAUUUUGAACUACACCUAUAUUAAAGUGUACCCUUAUCUAAAACUCCUGAUUCUUUCGAUGAAAUUAAAGCCAUUAUCUCUAGCAUGUAGGAUACUAAAAUUCUGUCGUAUUUUUAUAUUUUAUUCACAUUCAUUUUAUUAGGCCAUUUUAUUGUGUGCUCAUUUAUUCAUGUAUAAAUGUACAUAUAUGUUUAUUUAUUUAUUUAUUUAUUUAUUUAUGUACUUAUUUAUUUUUAAAUUUUUCUUUUAAAACUCCCAGUGUAGUUAAUUAAAACUGGUUUAGGAGAAUACUCGUUAAAGAUUAAAGAACCUCCCAUAAUUUUCAAUUUGUCAGCAAUGAAUCCCAAAUUUCAAUUCUUUUCUUAAAAGACUUUCAAAUGUAUCUUAACAGAAAAUUAGUUUUAAAGUUUCACAUGAAUGCAUUUACCUCAUAAGAUUAUCAAAAAGAGACCUGUACUAAGAAUUAAUGCUCUUCGGAGCUUACUUGCUCCUAAACAAUAACAUUAUAAAAAAUAUUAAACAUUAAAAAUAAUGGUGGCAGCCCAAGUGACUGCAAAUUGGAAGUAAAUAUUAUUAUUGGAAGGUAAUAUUAUGUGCCUGAAAUACUGGUUACUUUUGAUAAAUGUAAUAGUUAUUCUUUUUCAUUUUGUACAAGGACACAGAAAAAACAACUUGAAGAAAUUUUUAAGCUCCUGGAGACAGAUAAGGACAAGUAUGGUGUAACAACAAUGGAUGAUCUUCAAGCACAAAUGAAGUUGUACACAAGAUAAUAACCUGAGGAAUUGCAUUUAUUACUGAAAGCUUCUGUUUAACUGUUUUUUGUUACCAAAAUUGUUAAAACUGCAUGCAUUAUUCUAUGAAGUAGUUCAUUCGUUUUUUUCAGAAGUAUUCAAUACUGAUUGCCUAAAUGUAUUUAGCUGUCUAGUUUUUGUUGUCUUUUUUUUGCCUGUUAACCAGUUUUUGGCCCAGGAUUAAUGAACAUACUAGCUUACUACUAACCAAACAAAGUUUACUAAGGUGCUGUAGUGAACACUCAAUUUUGGUAGGAAAUAUUUUUGCCUUCACUACCUCUGUAGCUAUUUAGGCUGGUAGAUAGUGGAAAACACCAGGCAAGAGAUAAAUUAAUACGCAUAUCCCCAGUAUUUACUGAAUGACAAAUGCAUGUGGAAAAAGACCCCAAUAGAACAUUUUUUUAACAAACUUCUAUAAUUGGUUGCUUUAUUCUAAGUGGAACUUAAAUAGAGCUGAACUUCCUGUCAGGAACUACCCAAAGUGCAAAAAUAACAGGUCACUAACAGGAGGCAGCCAGGCCAUCACCCUAAACCACAAGUAUUCUUUUCCAAGCGGUGUAAGUGAGUCAUAUACUCUCAGUAGCAUAAUGUGUACCUUUCACAAUGAAUAUAGAGAUCAGUCCAUGCAUCAAGCAGUCAAAGGUGC